AAUGAGCCAGUGGGCAGCUGCUGGGCUUGCUGGGCCGGCAGGACAGAGCAGUCCAGGGACAGGGCCCUGCCUGGGCUACAGAGGAGCCAGGAGCCAUGAGGGUGGCAGUGGGCAUGCUCUGGCUCCUGGCCCUCGGGGGGCACCCCCAAGCCCGGGGCUCCUGCCCUUCUCAGUGCAGCUGCAGUCUCCACAUCCUGGGCGAUGGCAGCAAGGCGAGGACGGUGGUGUGCAGCGACCCUGACAUGACGCUGCCGCCCGCGGCCGUCCCUCCGGACACCUCCCGACUGCGCCUGGAGCGCACGGCCAUCCGCAGGCUGCCCGGCGAGCCCUUCCGGCCGCUCGGCCGCCUGGAGCAGCUGUGGCUGCCCUACAACGCGCUGGGCGAGCUGGGCGCCCUCGUGCUGCGCGGCCUGCGGCGCCUGCGCGAGCUGCGCCUGCCCGGGAACCGCCUGGCCGCCUUCCCCUGGGCGGCGCUCAGGGACGCCCCCCAGCUGCGGCUGCUGGACCUGCAGGCCAACUGCCUCGCCGCCGUGCCGCCCGAGGCCGCGCGCUUCCUGCGCAACCUCACCUUCCUCGACCUCUCCAGCAACCAGCUGCUGAGGCUCCCGCAGGAGCUGCUCGCCGCCUGGGCUCCCCUGCAGACCGGGCCCUCCCUUCCCGGCCACCGCGCCAGGCUGGUCCUAGGGCUGCAGGACAACCCCUGGGUGUGUGACUGCCGACUCCAUGACCUGGUCCGUUUCCUGGAAGUCUGGGCCCCAAACCUGGCCUUCAUAGAGGCCAGGCUGAGGUGCGCCAGUCCUCGCAGCCUGGCCGGAGUGGCCUUCAGCCAACUGGAACUGAGGAAGUGCCAGAGCCCACAGCUCCGUCCAGGGGUGAACAACAUCAGGUCCCCUUUGGGCAGCACAGUAUUGCUACGUUGUGGGGCCACCGGGGUCCCUGGGCCCGAGAUGAGCUGGAGGAGGGCCAGCGGGCACCCACUCAAUGGCACAGUGCACCAGGAAGUCUCCAGUGAUGGCACGAGCUGGACGCUGCUGGGCCUGCCUGCGGUCUCACAUGUUGACUCUGGAGACUACGUUUGCCAGGCCAAGAACUUCCUGGGAGCCUCUGAGACUCUCAUCUCCCUGGUUGUCACCGAGCCCCAGACUUCCACAGAACGUGGUGGAACCCAGGGGGCACUGUGGACAGGCGAGGGGGCGGAAGCUGCUGCGUACAACAACAAGCUGGUAGCCAGGCAUGUCCCCCACAUCCCCGAGCUUGCUGUCCUGGCCACGGGACCCCCUGUGCCCAACAUGAAGGAGGAGCUGGCCCUCCAGCACUUCCAGAUGGGUGCCCCAGGAGAGCGCUCAGAGGGGCAGGCGGGACUCCAGGAGGCCCGAAUGGUGACGUAUCUCAAGGUGGUGGGAGACACUUACCACAGUGUGACCUUGGUGUGGAAGGCCCCCCAGGCCAGGAACACAACUAUGUUCAGUGUCCUCUAUGCCGUCUUUGGGCAGCGUGACAUGCGCCGGGUGAUGGUGCAGCCCGGGAAGACCAGCAUCACCAUCCACGGGCUGGAGCCCAAGACCAAGUACGUGGCGUGUGUCUGCGUGAGGGGCUUCGGGCCCCGGAAGGAGCAGUGUGUCAUCUUCUCCACUGAUGAGGUGGUGGACGCCGAGGCCACCCAGCGGCUCAUCAACGUGGUAGUGAUCAGUGUGGCCACCGUCAUUGCCCUGCCCCUCACGCUACUCGUCUGCUGCAGCGCUGUCCAGAGGCGCUGCCGCAAGUGCCACACCGGGGGCACCGCCGAGGCCACGGGUGCCUACGUCAACCUGGAGAGGCUCGGCCACAGCGAGGACGGCUCGGAGGAGCUGUCCCGGCACAGCCUCAGCGAGGUCGACAGGCUCCUCUCAGCCCGUUCCAGCCUGGACUCUCAGGCCCUGGGGGUCAGGGUGAGCAGACGGAUCAAUGAGUACUUCUGCUGA